GGUUUUACUGUUUCCUACUCCAAUCUUCCUCUAUAUCCUCUUUCCCGUUUUCUUUUUCUUUACCCUAAAUCAGAACCCUCGAUUUCAAAACCUACCCAAUUCCCCUUCCUUCGAUUAUUAAGCCAAUCCUAUUUUUCUGAACCCAAACUCCGUCUUCUGUUUCCCAAGCAGUGAGAAUGCAAGAUCCAAGGAUGCCACCAUCAGAGGAGGAUUUGAAUCCUAAAAUGCGGAAAAAGAAAAGCUCCACUAACAAAGGGCCCCUGUUUCCAGUAGAAAGAAAUAAUAUUAAAGGGGCUCAGCAGCUACAGGGAUCCCUACCAUUAAAAACAGGGAAGAAAACAUUGAAAAGGAACUCGAAGUAUGAAAUGGCUUCAAUAUUUCAGCAACCUGAGAGAUCUAACUCAGAUUCAUUACCAGACUCUUCUACAUCUGGAAACGAGUACCGCAUGCUGAGGCGCAAGUAUUUGCUACUGGAGGAAGAAAGCUUCACAUUGGGUAAAGAGCUUAAAGAAGUUGAAGAUGAGGUCAAGGGUCUUGAAGAUGAAAAGUUUGCCCUACUGGAUCAGCUUGUUGUAUUAGAAGGUCUAAUAGAUCCUUCAGAAAUGCAAUCUCAUGGAGCAUAGUACUAUACGGUACUUUUUUAAGUGAUUUUAGUAGUUCUUUCUGGCGAUGAGUGCUGCAAGAAUACAUGGAACUACUAAGAUGUUGCCUUGGCCUAGAGCGUGAGCUCUUAAAGAGAAUUCUGGGUUAUGUUGUGCAGGUUUAACCGACAAGCGUUACGUAAAUGAAACUUCAAUAUUCAGCAGUAUUGGGAUUUUUUUGAUAGUAGAGUUUAGCUGCUUCUAUGAAUUCAAAGAGGUUGAAAUCACAAGUGAUGUAUUCCAUUGAUAAGAUUCCCAAAUGGACAAUGUAGGGCAAAUGAAUGGAGAUUAAUUUCUUUUUUAUU